AUGGCAUUGCAUCAGGUGUUAACACAGAGGUAUCCAAAUUCUUCAUCCUCGGAUGACUCCUCCUCCGAGGACGAGGAUGACAAGAAGAAAAAGAACAAGAAUAAGAAGAGCAAGAAAGGAAAAUCAAAGUCAAAGCACGACUCCUCAUCUUCAGAUGAUUCGUCCUCUGAUGAGGAGGCCUCAAAGAAGAAGCAGAAGAAGAAGCCGAAGAAGAAGUCCUCUGCUAAGACUAAAAGUCAGUAUUUUAUACGUGAUACCUGUUACGUUUAA